UCCAGAAAGUUUUGCUCCGGUAUGGUAGCCAUGCCGAUUCGCUGGAAAUCCUUGCCACAAGCUUACGUCUACCGACCAUAGAAGCGAACCAACAAAGUCGUCAGAAUGGUGGAGGCCACCAAAAGUAAUCAUCUGCAGUUUCUCGAGCGCACCGAUUCCGUCAUGGAAUGUGUUCGAAGCCGAUUUCCAGCUUCAGGGCACGAAACUUCCCGCCGGAAGUUAAUCGCGGCGCUGGGAAUUGAAAGUGUCCAAUAUAUGUUUGAUCAGCGGAAGCAUCCAAUAGAACGGAUAUUUUGGAUUGUUAUAACCGGAUGGGCCAUUUAUGGAGCCAUUUUCAUAGGCAUGUAUCAAUUGGAUCGUUUCUAUGCCAACCCAACUGUAAUGCAGUUCGAUAAAAAUUACCGGGAAUGGAUCGGAACUAUGCCAGCGGCUACAUUUUGCUUCCGCAAUCGUUUCGAUCGCGCAAAAGCCAUCGAAUACAUUCACCGUAACAACUUAUCCAGAACGGGAGACACAGAGCGCAUCGAACGCAUCCUGACUUUGUUCCAAACACUUGUCAACCUAACCGUUUCGGAUUUCAACCCAUUAGCAUCAUUCGUGGCCAACGAUAGCAACUAUACGCAUAACUCACCGUCGUUAUUCAUGUCGGCGUUGCUGUCCAACGUUGACAUCCUGUCGGUGGUCAGUGCCGUACAUCCGCACGUUGACGUGGCCAUAAACAGCUUCGAUCCUGCUUACAACGAUUUGCCCAUAAAGCAAGUCAUAACAGAACGUGGUAUCUGCUACACGCUCAAUGCUCCGCUCUCGCGGCUUCAGUACAUCCCAAAAGGAAGCCAUAAUAUUGAUAUUCACGAAGAUAUGCCUAAUGAGCCAAUAACUUGUGCCUAUUCAAAAAACCAAUGCUAUAUGAAAAUCGAUACUUUUGAAUCAACUAUGUCGUAUCUGCUGCAUUCCCCGUACGAGUUGGCCACAAGUGAAGAACAAUUUGCUGUGAUGAGCGAAACCGAUGAACUUGUCUCCUCCUAUGUUGUGGUGGAAACGGUAGCCAGCGAUAGAUUGCGAUAUUUAUCGGUAAAACAACGCAACUGCGUUUUCCGUGAUGAAAAUUAUCAAGAAGCCGAAAUUUAUAGCUACAACCUCUGCAUAAUGCGUUGCCGCGCCAGCAAAGCUUUGGAAUUUUGCCGCUGCAAGCCACAUUUCUAUCCAUUUGUAGAUGCUCCCGUGUGCACUAUCGAUGGAUUACGUUGCCUGGAAAAGCACCCCAGCUGGUACGAUAAGCAGUCAUGUCGCUGUUUGAAGCCUUGUACCGAUGUUGUGUACUACGUCGCGGGUUCCAACAUAAACCAUUGGUCCCCAGAAGAGGGCAUUCCAUUCAAGCAGAAGGCUUCUUUCCGAUGGGAAAUGGUGCAGCCGAAAACCAGACAACGGCGAGAUGUGCUGUUUACUUUCGAAGACUUACUUGUGUCAUUUGGCGGAGCCAUCUCACUGUUUGUUGGAAAGGAUGUGCUAGCGUUUGCUGAGCUACCUAUAUUUUUGACCACGGAGGCAAUACAACGAGUAAUCGUUUUGAUUCGAGGAAAGAAACAGUAGGAUAACCGUACAUAUAAUGCAGAUAAUUGUGAAUUUAUAAAUGAAUGUUUAAAAA